AUUUCUGCAGUACAAAUCCCCGGAUACGGAACAAUCAUCUUCCACCAUUCAAAAUUGUAAACGUUAUCCAUUCACUGCAGCUUCUGAUCCUCAGCAGAAUCAUUCAACUAGCUAGAAAGAAAAUGCAAACUUGUUGCGGAUCUAAUGAUGAGCGCAAAAGCCAACUCAAAGCUUUUGAUGACACCAAAGCUGGAGUGAAGGGUCUCGUUGAUGCUGGAGUUACAAGCAUCCCUCACAUAUUCAUCCAUAAUAAUCAUAUUCAAUCCCACAACUCACCUUCAUCAGCUGAUUGUAAACCCACCAUACCAAUAAUAGACCUGCAAGGCAUCGACAAAGAUGCAAGUCGACGAGCUGAGGUCGUCGGCAAGGUGGAAGAUGCUUGCCAGAAGUGGGGUUUCUUUCAAGUGCUCAACCAUGGUGUUCCAUUAAAGGUUUUGGAUGAAAUGAUUGAUGGGGUGAGUAGAUUUCACGAGCAAGACACACAAGUAAAGAAAGAACUGUAUUCAAGAGACUACACUGGAAGGAAAGUAUAUUUCAGUUCCAAUUUUGAUCUGUACAGUGCACCAACUACUAACUGGAGGGAUACCCUGAGUUGCGUCAUGGCUCCUCGUCCGCCAAAUCCACAAGAGUUGCCUCAAGUAUGCGGAGACAUAAUGAUGGAUUACUGCAACAAGAUAACAACAUUAGCACAUACGCUAUUUGAAUUACUGUCAGAAGCACUGGGGCUGAAUCCCGACUACCUUAAAAAUAUAGGCUGUGCAGAGGGAUUAUUCUUUCUAGGUCAUUAUUACCCAGCUUGCCCAGAACCAGAGUUGACAAUGGGCACCAGUGGCCAUUCUGAUAGUAGCUUCCUCACUGUGCUCCUUCAAGAUCAAAUUGGUGGCCUACAAGUUCUCUGUGGAAACCAAUGGGUUGACGUCACACCAACUCCAGGAGCACUUGUAAUAAACCUUGGAGAUCUGUUACAGUUAAUAUCAAAUGAUAAAUUUAAAAGCUCCGAACACAGAGUACUUGCGAAACCCGUAGGUCCAAGAAUUUCAGUGGCAUGUUUUUACAGACAGCAUAGUCCUCCGGAGAGUGAGUCCAGAAGAUAUGGGCCGAUUAAGGAGUUGCUAUCAGAAGAAACUCCCCCAGUCUACAGGGAAACGACUGUGAAGGACUAUCUCUCACAUUACUACUUGAAAGGACUUGAUGGGACCUCUGGUUUAGAGCAUUUCAAGCUGGGAAAUUCGUCUGCUUCGAAAGAAAAAAAAAAUGAUUUGUGAAACUGCGCACAAACAUAUACAAGUUCUCUGAAUUAGCUAGACACUUGAACUGCGUCCCGUUCAAGUCUACGGCUCCAGUUGCCUACAAGAACAUUUGCUUUUUGCUAAUUUAAUGCGGGAGAUUUUUAAUUUAUGAAUUAAUAAUUGGUGAAGAAGUAGUUGUAGAUUUGAGGUUAGAGUGUUAGAUGACAGUUAAAAAGUGUAUUUGGCGUUAAAAUUGUGGUCUAGCAAUUUAAGAUGGCGUAACGCGCAUAAUUAUUUUUAUUUUAUUUUUUAAUUAUUAAUAUAUUAUAAUAAAACAUUUAUAUUA